ACAGGGUUGCUUCUUAUGUUUCUUGUGUUUCUUCACGAGGGAUAUUGAACAUCACCUGCAUGAGCUUAAUUCGAUCGUUGGGCAUGCUUACCUACCUAGGGUACCUUACUUAUGUAAUAAGCUGGUUGCUUGACGUAUUCCAACAAAACCACCUGCAGUCUACAGGCUAUUACAGGUCAGAUCGUACGUAUGGCUUUUUCUUUUUUUGCCAGACGGUGAGCUACUUGAUGAUAGCUCGCUCUCGGUGUGGCUUCCAACAACGUACGUACAAAAAGAAAGAAAAAAAAAAAAAAAAAAAAAAAAAAAACCGGCCCCUUUUUCAAGGUUGGCGAUGUUCCACUUUGGUUG